AUAAAACAAGCAUGUGCUGAAAUCCCCCAAAAAAUGUAUUAUAAUUUCUGUGCAAAAUCCACAAAAUACUUAUCUUUCCAAACCGGUAACAAAAUUUCUAAAACAGUGGUCCGCAACGUUUUUUAAAUAGCGGGUAUACAGUAAAGCAACUAUUAGAAAAAAAUACUUUAGCCAUCGUUGCUCCAAUCAGGUUUAUUAUAAUUUGUUAAUCGGAAGAUGGAGUUAUUUAUUGGAAACGAUUAAUUUACAGAGAAUAUUUGUAAAAUCCUAUAUUAUAGCAAAAUGCAUGAACUGAAAAUAUUGCUUAUGCUUCUACUCUAUUAUCACGCUGAUGCAGUGGAAUUCGCUGCCAAACCAAAGGAUGUCAACGAAUUUGAAGGACAAACAGCAACACUAAAGUGUUUCUUAAAACAUUUCAAUAUAGAAACCCAUGUUGUAUCCUGGUGGAAGGAAAAAGCAAAAUUAAGUCAACAAAACGAAGUAGUAGCAAUGGAUCUACGUAUGUCAGUAAACUUAGACGAACUUCCAUUUGCCGGUGCGUAUUCAUAUUCGUUACUUAUAACUGAACUAAUAAUUGAAGAUGAAGGAGAUUAUUACUGCCAAAUAGACCAAGCACCUACAAUUAGUUCUGGAAGAGCACGUCUUUUUGUCUUGCAGAUACCGUCAUCAGAAUAUCCAAAAUGUUCCAAGUCUGCCAACAUGUACCUCGUUGGCUCACAAGUCAAAUUAACCUGCAUUAGUGAGUUAAUUAGUCCCCCAGUAAAGCUGAAUUGGAUUCGGAAAGGUAGCUCUACUUUAUCGAUGAAUUUCCAAGCUGAAACACGAGAUGAUUUUUUCAAAAAACAUUAUACAUUUAUAGCUAAGAAAACUGAUAACGAUGCAACUUUUUUGUGUCAACAAACAACCGACGCUGUUUCUGAAAUGCAUAAUUGCACAAUUAGUAAUCUAAAUAUACAAUAUCGCCCAGAAGUCAAAAUACAGCACACCAGUGCAUUAUUUGCUGGGUCCGACUCAAUCUUAUUCUGUCAAUCAUUUGCUAAUCCUCCAGUUACACAGUUCCAGUGGACGUUUAUACCGGUUUUGAAUGCUAAUGAAUAUAUUGCUGAUGGUCAAGUAUUGACACUUAUAAAGCCGUCUAUUGCUACAAAUGGAACACGAAUUACUUGUUCUGCAGAAAACAAUAUCGGUAUCAAUACAAAUACAGUAACGUUACAUAUAAAAAAAGAAGAAAGGCGCAAAAAUUUUAUUCAUAAAAAGGAUGAGGAUUUGGAAAAUUCACCUAAAACAAAAAGAAAAAAUAUGAACAUGGAUGCAAAAGAAACACAAAGUGUAUCACUCUAUGUUGUCAUCAUUAUCAUUGUGUUAGUCGUCAUCAUUAUUGUAGUUGUUGUCAUCAUUCCUGUCUAUUAUUAUUGCUUCUGUAAAACGAGGACUGUCACUGAUUCAUCUGGUAGGGAGAUAUACCAGCCUACUGUAUACUAUGACACGAGAAAUCGUGCUUCAAAUAGCGGUGUCUACGAUCGAUGUUUACCUCGUUUACCGAGCACUGGACAGUAUGAUCAAUGGAGACAUUCAUUUGCUUCUCAAGUACCCGAAGAUCUUGAUCAACAGGGAUAUAUGUACAUAGAGGAGAGGAAUGAAUAAAACACAUUAUAGAUUUUAUUGCUUAUAAACGGUC